AUGUUGAAUGGACAAAGAGCCAAAAAUAUCUCAUUGUCGAUUUGCGAUUCUGCAUCAGGUAUUACCGAUAAGGAUAAUGAUGAACCUCAUCAACCUGAAAAUGAAGAAGAGCAGUGUUGCUCCACAGUAAUGGAUGAAAUGGAGAAGAAGUAUCUGUGUGAUGAGGAUUUUGAUGCGGGUAUUCUUCUCCAUUCAAUGUUUUUCCGACAGAUCGAAUACAUCAAAUUUCAGACUGGUACAAGUCCCUGCAAACUCGCAAUCGAAAAAGGUCUUCGAUUGGUUGUGCUGAAUGACAAACGUAUCAGUCGUGUUGGCGAUAACACGCGUUUGCUUUCAUUGGCUGAAAAUGUUACUGAGGCAGAUUUCGCUUGGAACAAUUUGUCGGAAUGGAGCGAAAUUGGGACGCUUUUGAAAUUACCGAAUUUACGAGUAUUUAAUUUGAGUCAUAAUCCACUGAAUAAUCAAUUAGAAGCAAACCAGUUGCCGGUAGCACCUUUACUGCAAACAUUGAUUAUCAACGGUACGAACUUAUCGUUAAAAACAAUGCGUCAUUUGCUUGAAUCUACACCUGCAUUGUCUGAAUUACAUCUUUCGGAGAACAGAUUGAUAGAAGAAAAUACUGAUGAAGAGUGCAACGAAGCGCUGUCGCUAUCAGUUGAAACGGUACAUGUAAAUAGAUGUAAUAUAAAACGUUGGGAAACUAUUAUGUUCUUGCGAGAACUACUACCACGGUGUAAUUCAAUGUUUAUCGCUGACAAUCCAAUCAGAACAACUUAUGUGAAUUCACGAAAGGUACAUAACGGGAUGGCGAUGAGUGGUAUAAAUCAAUUGAAUAUGAAUAAAUGCUUGCUGGACGAGUGGAUGUCGAUUGAGGCGUUAGCCGAAAUUAGUACGCUGCGUGAUCUGCGAAUAGCACAUAAUCCGUUGCUGGCACAGUUGAGUGUCGAGGAAAAAAUGCAUUUGAUAAUUGCGAGAAUGCCGUUGUUGGAGAUCUUGAAUGGAUCAGCAAUUACCGAUGAACAACGCGAAAAAUCUGAACGUUUCUUCAUUCGAUAUUAUGAUGAAUGUGAAAUGAAACCACCAAUUUUCGAGAAGUUAGUGGCUCGACACGGUAAAUUGGAACAGUUGUGUAAAGUGGAUUUAAGUCCGAGAAAGUACGCGAACGUUACGGCACUUUGUGAAGAGACUGGAUUCCGAGCGAAUGUGAAAAUUAAUUUGGACCAUUCAGUUGGUUCAUUGAUGCGUACCUUAGAGAAGCAUACCGGUAUUCCGAUUGUGCGGAUGCGACUCUUUUUGCUUAGUUCCAUUUCGCCUUUUUCUGAGGAGUUGCGAUUUCCGAAUCAGAGACUGUCAUCGUUACGAAUCGAUGAUGGUGAUCAAUUUCUUAUUCAGGUUCGUUCAUUUGUUUAUUUUUGUCACUGUUUUGUAAGAAGAAACAGUUGUAAUGUUAAAACGAACAAGGAAAUAUUGGUUGAUUUGUGUACUGCUGAGGAAGCAGCUGAUAGCAGGGCUGGCUGGUGGUCUGAUGUAUAUCGUGAAGAAAUUCUUAAGUGGUGA